AAGAAAAGUGAAAUUUUUGCAGGAAAAAGGAAAAAAGACAAGACCCAACACGAUGUUCCGACUGAUGGAUAUGCGAGAGGCUGUCCUCUCAUCCGCCGUGAAGCACUCCCUCCUAUGCGACUCACAGCGUAACGGAAGGUUCCUUGACACCAAGGCACGAGUGCCGUCGUGCGAAAAGCCUGUGGUAAAGGCUCCUCUUCGCAAAGCUCCCAGGGUCAAGGGUCGCAUGAAGCCGAAGAUGACCGAAAUAAAGCGCAUGUUGAUGCGAAAGGCGCCAGAGCCAAAGGAUCCCUUCAAGCAGCUCUUUCCAAACGGCCAUAAGUCCGUUGUGCCAGUGUACUGGAAGGAGUUCUUCCAGAUCGACUGCGCCAUUCGCCCCAUAAAGCCCUAUUCGAACUCCUGGCACGAUGUGAAGGCGCCGCAUCUGGUGGAGCAGCUGAUGUCCGAGAUGAAAGCCGCGAAAUCCAAAGCAAAGAACGAUGUCGAUUUGGUCGAGAGUUUGGAAGAGCUCAAGGGUCACAAAUCAAAAGAUCGCAGUGCGAUUGACAGGCACAUCAAGCAGGUGAUGCUCUCCGUUAUGGCAGAGCCCGAGAUAUCAAGCAAGGGCAUGGGCAAGCAAUUGGCAAUGAGUUCAGCUGAAGCCAAGUCCCAACUGGCCAAAAAAGAGGGCAGCUGCGAGCCCGGCUCGAAGCUUUUGGUCCCAAAAGUUGGGAAGGCAAUCCAGAAGCCACAGAAUCAAGCUCCCAAUCUCCCAAUCCGCGAGAGGAACACGGGCUAUGUCGCUGACAAGGAGACUGAGGAGGCUAAGGGCAACCUGGCCGCCGAAAAGUCAUUGAAGACCGAUGGAAAAGAUGCCAAGACUCUGGACACUGGAGCCAGCGGUGAACCGCAGGUAAAUCUCUUUACCGAAGAAGCCGAAGAGUUGCAGAUUUCCAUGUCUCCGAACUCAAUGGAGGAACCCAAAGAGAACAUUGGAGCCGGGGAAGAUGCUCUGGGAUUGCUGGAAAUGAAUGAGAAGGCCAACAACCUGGUCGCUAAAGAUGCACAGAAGACAAAGGCUGCCGACGUGAAGACUCUGGAGAAUGGAGCCUGCGGUGAACCAGAGAUGGAGCUUAUUAAAAUACCCAAAAACAUGUCCGAGCAGAAGGACAUUGGAGCCGCGGGUGUGCAGCAGGAGCAGAUCGUGUUGGCCAAGGAAAACUCUCCAUAGAGUGAAUAGCUGAAACCAGAGGAGAAUUAGCAGAUAUAAAUUGAUUCCGUUUAGUUGAUUAAUUAUAAAUGUUUAAUAAAUCUCGAAGCAU